AGGUCAGCUGACUCUGAUGCUGCUGUCAGGAGACAUCACGAUUUACUCUAAAUGGCAACUAUGAAGAUUGUGCAGGUAUAGAAAAAUUACGAGCAGUUAGAUUACCMCAAAUAACGCCCAGACCUUAAAUACACGGUUUUCUGUUGCUGCUUCAGAGCUGUCAUCAUGACAGAGUUUUGGUUGAUCUCUGCUCCGGGAGAGAAGACCUGCCAGCAAACAUGGGAAAACAUGAUGGCAGCGACCACACGCGCCAACAUCCUGUCUACCAACCACAAGUUCAACAUCCCAGAUCUUAAGGUGGGAACACUCGAUGUCUUGGUGGGACUAUCAGAUGAAUUGGCCAAGUUAGAUUCCUUUGUUGAAAGUGUGGUGAAGAAGGUGGCUCAGUACAUGGCCGAUGUGCUGGAGGACAGCCGAGACAAAGUGCAGGAGAACCUUCUGGCCAAUGGAGUUGAUCUCGUCACCUACAUCACCAGAUUUCAGUGGGAUAUGGCGAAAUACCCAAUAAAACAGUCCCUUAAGAACAUCUCUGAAAUCAUCUCAAAGCAAUUAACCCAGAUUGACAGCGACUUAAAGGCCAGAGCGUCGGCGUAUAAUAACCUGAAGGGAAACCUGCAGAACUUGGAGAGGAAGAACGCGACGUCGUAUCCCGACUGGCAGAAAACUUAUGAAACCCUCGCYGAGAUGGUGGUGCCUCGAUCUUCAAAUCUGCUGUUUGAGGACUACGACAGCGGGCUGUUCAGCGUCACUCUGUUCAGAAAAGCCAUCGAUGACUUCAAACACAAAGCCAGAGAGAGCAAGUUCACAGUGAGAGACUUUCAGUACAAUGAAGAGGAGCUGAAGGCCGACAAAGAGGAGAUGACCCGGCUCUCCACAGACAAGAAGAAGCAAUUUGGUCCCCUGGUUCGAUGGCUGAAAGUGAACUUCAGUGAAGCCUUCAUCGCUUGGAUCCAUAUUAAAGCACUUAGAGUCUUUGUAGAAUCUGUUCUCAGGUACGGGCUGCCGGUGAACUUUCAGGCCAUGCUCCUGCAGCCAAACAAGAAGACCACGAAGAAGCUGCGGGAGGUGCUCAACGAUCUGUACAAACAUCUGGACAGCAGUGCAGCAGCUAUCAUCGAUUCCACGAUGGACAUCCCAGGCCUGAACCUGAGCCAGCAAGAAUAUUAUCCUUACGUUUACUACAAGAUCGACUGCAACCUGCUGGACUUUAAAGUUUAACUCUCAUGUUUUUGCUCUUAACGCUGAGUGUUGAUUUAAUUCUCCCCUCCCCAUCAGCUGCUGCAUGAUCAGUCUGUGUGGUGAAAUAAAAACGCUUCUACCACUGAUGCAACAAAGACACGCACACAGAAACCUUGUGUCCUGUUUUUUUUAAAACUUAUGUUUCAUCUUAAGCCAUGCGGGUGAUUAGCUCUUUUUYAUGUGAAGUCUAUAAAUGACAAUGGAAGGUGUAUAUUUUCUGUCAUUCCACGUGUGCUGGUGUGUAUUUAUAGCUGCCUUUGUGUCAGUGUUCAGCGAUUUGCGUUUACGAAUGGUCAGCUUUGCCGUUGUUCCCAUGUAUUUCAGAGAAUGUGGGCAAAAGCCUGCAAAUGUUGUAAACCAAGAUGUUUUCUUGAGUGUGGAGGUGUUUCAUGUUGUACYUGCUGUCAAUAAGAGCUCUAUAUCUGAGUAACGUGGAAACCACUGAUUGAUUCAAUAUGAUUUAAAUCUAAAAACCUGUGAGUUUGUGUAAAUAAAAACAAUCUACAGCCUGAA